AUGUUCUACUUCCACUGUCCCCCCCAACUUGACGGAGAGUGCUGUCGCACCAAUACAUUGAACUCCAGCGGCUUCGCCAACCACGCCCCAGCUGAUUUUGAUGAUGGGUUCCUCCGCAGAAAACAACGCAGAAACAGAACAACUUUCACACUGCAACAGUUGGAGGCUCUGGAGGCUGUGUUCUCCCAGACGCACUACCCUGACGUGUUCACCCGCGAGGAGCUGGCCAUGAAGAUCAACCUGACCGAGGCGCGUGUGCAGGUCUGGUUCCAGAACCGAAGGGCCAAGUGGAGGAAGACGGAGAGGGGCAGCGCGGAGCCCGACGGGGGCAAGGAGCAGAUGAGGGAGGGGACCCCCCCGUCACGCGGCCUCAACUCCCAGUCCCCCGUGGACCCGGGGCGCAAGCAGAAAGAACCCCUCGAAAUGCAGCAGAGCAUCAACCGCACAGUGGCUCCCGGGGGCCCCUUCUUCCCCUCCUGCCUGCCGGGAACCCUCCUCAACUCUGCCACCUAUGCCCAGGCCUUGUCUCAGGUCGCCACUCUCAAAGGAAGUGGCCUGUGCUCCUGCUGCGUUCCCGACCCGAUGGGCCUGUCCUUCCUGCCGCCCUACGGUUGCCAGGGGAACCGCACGGCGAGCGUGGCCGCUCUGCGCAUGAAGGCGCGCGAGCACUCCGAGGCCGUGAUGCAGUCGGCCAACCUGCUGGGGGCCAUGUCCGCCGGGCCUGGGGCCGGAGUAGGAGCCCUGUCCGGGCUCGGGCUGUCCUCCGGCGGGGUGGCCAGGCCCGCCGUCGGGCCUCCCGUCGGGCCUCCCGUCGGGCCUCCCGUCGACGUCUCCUCCGGGGCCCUGGGCAGAGGUGGAGGAGGGGACUCUGGCCCCAGCCCCGGCCUGGGGAACAAGAGCUCCAUGCAGGGCAACAGUCCUGACAAACACCCUCACUGUCCCAAGGACCCGCUGGAGAAGAAGUGA